ACAUGAGCAGAGUCCUGCACACGCGCCCGCGCAGACAUGGAGCUGUUUAACACCGUGGUCGCCUUGCUGUGGAUUUUAACCCCCUUUCAGGACUGUUUAUCAGAGGAAGUGUUGUUGCUGAACUCGAAGGAAUCGCAGGCAGAACUGGGCUGGACCUCCUAUCCCUCAAACGGAUGGGAGGAGAUCAGCGGCGUGGAUGACAAGUACAAGCCGAUCCGAACGUACCAGGUCUGCAACGUGAUGGAACCGAACCAGAACAACUGGCUGAGGACGGGCUGGAUCGGUCGGCGCGGAGGGCAGCGCAUCUUCGUGGAGCUCCAGUUCACCCUGCGCGACUGUAACAGCAUCCCGGGCGUGGCGGGCAGCUGCAAGGAGACCUUCAACCUGCUGUUCGCCGAGUCGGACCGGGCGCUGGGCGGCCACGACGACGACGAGGCGCGCUUCAGCAAGGUGGACACCAUCGCCGCCGACGAGAGCUUCACGCAGGGCGACCUGGGCGAGAGGAAGAUGAAGCUGAACACCGAGGUGCGCGAGAUCGGCCCCCUGAUGAGGCGCGGCUUCCACCUGGCGUUCCAGGACGUGGGCGCGUGCGUGGCCAUCGUGUCCGUACGCGUUUACUACAAGCGCUGCCGGGCCGCCGUGCAGAACCUGGCCGUGUUCCCCGACACGGUGGCGGAGGCCGCGUUCGCCACCCUGGUGGAGGUCAGGGGCGUGUGCGUCAACAACUCCGAACCCGACGCCACGGACUCGCCUCCCAGGAUGCACUGCAGCGCCGAAGGGGAGUGGCUCGUGCCCAUCGGGAGGUGCAGCUGCAGCGCCGGGUAUGAGGAGGGUCACAGCAGCUGUGAAGCAUGUCCACGAGGUACCUACAAGAUGUCCUCCCAGCAGCAGGAGUGUUUGCCGUGCCCGGCUCGCAGCCUGGCCGAGGAGGAAGGCUCGGUGCUGUGCGUGUGCGAGGACGGUCACUUCCGGACGACGCUCGACCCCCCGUCCGCACCGUGCACGCGACCGCCGUCGUCUCCACGGGAUUUGAUCUACACCCUCAAGCAGUCCACCCUCAUCCUAGAAUGGGCGCCGCCGUCCGACCCGGGUGGCAGAGCCGACCUGGGCUACAGCGUGGAGUGCCGUCGGUGCGUCGCCGGCCCCCGCGCCCACUGUGAGCCGUGCGGCGCCAGCGUGGGCUUCGUACCCCAGCAGAGCGGCCUGAGCGGGCGCACCGUCACCGUGCUCAACCUGCUGCCCAACUCCAACUACACCUUCACCGUGGAGGCCAGGAACGGCGUGUCCGAGCUUCUGCCCGACAAACGUUUCACCGCCCACGCCAACGUCUCCACCAGCCUGGCAGCGCCCUCUCAGGUGAGCGAGUUGCGAGCGGAGAAGAUCGAGCAGCGCUCCGUAACUCUGGCGUGGAGAGAAUCCGCCAACCCCAACAGCAGCCGGACGGAGUACGAGAUCAAAUACUACGAGAAGGAGCAGAAGGAUCAGAGCUACUCCACGGUGAAGACGGCGGCCACCAGGAUCAGCGUCAACAACCUGAAGCCGGGCACCACCUACGUCUUCCUGAUCCGUACCUGCUCCAGUCCUGCUCCUUCCUCCCUCUCGUCCUCGUCCUCCAUCGUCUCCUCCUCUUCCUCCUCUCCGUCUUCAUCGCCGUCUAACGUAUCCUCGCCCGUCAUGCCGUCCGUGCCGCCUCCACCCGCCCCGCUGGAUUACGGGGCGUACAGCACCCCACUGGAGCUUCAGACGCUGGGCGAGCUGGCCCUGGCUUCCAGUGAGCAGAGUCCAGUGGUGAUUUUGGUGGUGGUGUCGGUAGCUGCUCUCAUCAUUCUGCUGUCUUUGGGAGUCGGCCUGCUCAUCUGGAGACGACAGUGUGGUUACAGCAAAGCCAGUCAGGAGGGGGACGAGGAGCUCUACUUCCAGUUUAAAAUUCCCACCAGAAGGACGUACAUUGAUCCUGAGACGUGUGAGGAUCUACUCCAGGCUGUUCAUACGUUCGCUAAAGAGCUCGACAACUCCAGCGUCAAAAUUGAGAGGAUUAUUCAUACUGGUGAUUUCGGUGAAGUGUGUCGCGGCUGCUUGAAGCUUCCCAGUAAGCGAGAGCUGCCGGUGGCCAUCAAGUCUCUGCGGAUCGGCUGCUCGGAGAAGCAGCGGCGCUCGUUCCUCUGCGAGGCGGGAAUCCUGGGUCAGUUCGACCACGCCAACAUCAUCCGGCUAGAGGGAGUCAUCACCAGAGGUAACACCAUGAUGAUUGUGAUGGAGAGUAUGGACAAUGGUGCCCUGGAUUCAUUUUUAAGGAAACACGAGGGUCAGCUCACUGUGCUUCAGCUGGCGGACCUGCUGAGUUCCGUAGCGUCAGGGAUGAAGUACCUAACGGAGAUGGGUUACAUCCACCGGCGUCUGGCGGCCCAUAAAGUUCUGGUGAACAGCAGCCUGGUGUGUAAAGUGUCCGGCUUCAGACCGUUACAGGAGGACAAGAUGGAGUCCGUCUAUUCCACACUGCACGGCGGGAAGAGCGCGGUGUUGUGGACGGCUCCUGAGGCGAUCCAGUAUCACCGCUACAGCUCAGCCUCCGACGUCUGGAGCUUCGGCAUCGUCAUGUGGGAGGUGAUGUCGUUCGGGGAGAGGCCGUACUGGGACAUGGGCAGCCAGGACGUCAUCAAAGCGAUAGAGGACGGUUUUCGGUUGCCAGCUCCUCUGAGCUGUCCCACCUCUUUGCACCAGCUGAUGUUGGACUGCUGGCAGAAGGAGAGGACCGAGAGACCCACGUUCACUCAGAUCCACAGCGCUCUCAGCAAGACCAUGCGCAGUCCGGACAACCUCGGGUCCUCCACGCUAACGCACAGGACUAUAACGUCGUCCUCCAUCUCUCUGGCUGACAGAACUCUUCCCUCGUUCCCAUCGUUCAGUUCGGUGGGUGAGUGGUUGGAGGCGGUGGAUAUGGGUCGGUAUAAAGAUAACUUUGCCGUUGCAGGUUAUUGCUACCUGGAGUCUGUCGCCCGCAUGAACGUGCAGGACGUACUCAGCCUGGGCAUCACGUCUCUGGAGCAUCAGAAGCAGCUGCUGUCAGCAAUUCAGACUCUCAGAACACAAGUCAUCCAGAUGCACGGACGCGGCGUGCAGGUCUAACACACACACACACUCUCCAAGUGGACGGGAGGAUGCUGACCCAGCUGGACAUCGACCAGUAAGGAGGUGGGAAUCCUCGGACCUCUAGAUGGCGCUCCUCCUGGGUUUCUUUACUUCCUUCUUCCUCUAAUCCUGGAACGCUGUCCUCUCCGGUGGUGGGGUGAGGACCUCCAUACGGACGCUCUGGACGUUCGGGAGACUCGGUUUAGCCCACUCUUCCCUUUCUGUACUGCUUUCUUUAUUCAGAAGGCUUUUUUUGACUCUGAACUGACCUGAGAACAGCCACCAGGGUUUAGAAUUAGCACCGAGCACUAACGUAGCCACUGUUCUUCCUCUACAGCGGACUGAAGAUCUCGUUUUCUAAGUCGUAGCUCCUACAAAAAGACGUAAAUCCAUUAAGGAAUGGAGAAACACUGGGAACAUUAAGAAGAUCGGAUGAAUUAAUCCAAAUCGCAUCUCACCGUUUGUUUAUUUACGUCUGUCCGUCUCGGAUCAGCAAAUUUAAUCUGUUUUUUUUAUCUGUCGUCUGUGUUUGUGU